UUCUUUGCCUCUCUAUUUCAAGUCUUCACUUCAGUGGUCGCUCUCACGCGUAAACACAAAUCUACAGAUCCUAUUCUUCAAGAUUUUCAAGAACCCAAACAAAUAUCUCCUUCCUUCUCUCUUUUUUCUUUCUGAAAUUUCAUUUUCUCAUGAAAAUCCAAAACCCCACUUGAAAGAAUUUGGUUUUGCUUCUUUUUAACUUGUAUUUCAAGCUUCAAGCACUGGAAAAGUUUCCUUCUUUUUCUUUUUCUUUCCCUUUCUCCUUCCUCUGCUUCGUUUCCAAGAACAUAGAGCUUGUGUUCAUGGCUUGAAAGUUGAAAAGUCUCUGGUUUUGCUUUACAGAGUUGUGGGUUGCGGUGGUGGUGGUGGUGGCUGUGAUCUUCUCUUUCUUGACAACUCAUGUCUGGGGUCUGAAAAAUAAUCCUGCCUUUUUGUCGUCGGCUCAGAAAUCUGUUUGGCCUUUUCGCCGCUUCUCAGCUUUCAAGGCUAAUUAGCUUGUCAGGUUUCUGAAAAAACCCACCUUAAAUCGUCAAAACCUAGUUCACAUCAAGUUUCACAGCCCAUUCUCUCUUUCUCUACAUUGAAUAGCUCUUUCAUUUAGAGCACAGAGAUCAUCAGACAAGAGUUCAAAGAUUGUCUUCUCCAAAAUCCUUAAAAAUCAUAUUUUUAGCUUUCAAAGCCAAUAUUUUUGUUUUCUGCAGAGCCAAAACGACUGCAAUUCAGCAAAUCAUACAAAACCCAUAUCUUUUUUAAUCCAUUUGGAGCAAAGAAAACAUGCAAGACCCAUCAUCAGCAUUCCAGCCAAUUAAGGCUCAGUUCCCAGAGCAAGAACAGCUCAAGUGCCCACGCUGCGACUCUACCAACACCAAGUUCUGCUACUACAACAACUAUAAUCUCUCUCAGCCUCGUCAUUUUUGCAAGAAUUGUAGAAGAUACUGGACCAAAGGUGGCGCUCUAAGAAACAUCCCAGUCGGCGGUGGCAGCCGCAAGAACGCGAAGCGUCCGUCGAACCAGAAACGUUCAAACCCGGAUUCCAACACCAACACCGAUCCAGCUCGGCUGAACCGCAGGGUGCCAGAACCAUCAUCAUCAUCAACACCACCGCCAACGACUACAACGCCGCUAACAUCAACCUCGCAAUUCGUGGCUAAUGGGAUUUCGGAUUUGGGUGAUCCAACCCGUUUGUAUGGCUUGGAAGCAGAUCAAGACCGAAAGAUAUUGGAUAUGAGUGGUAGCUUUAGCUCACUAUUGGCGUCAAAUGGACAGUAUGGAAGUAUUUUCGAGGGUUUGAAUCCAAAUGGAUCGGGUCUAAAAAUGGUGCACAUGGGUAAGUUUGGUGAGGACUUAAAUUCAGGUUUGAAUGCUGGUUCAGGUCAGAGCACAGGCUUAGAUGUACAAGGCAGUAAUACUAAUGACGGCGGCGGCAGUGGCGGUGGCAGUGGAGGUGGUGAGAGCUAUUUGCAAAGUGGUGAUUGGGGGAAUAGCAAUGGAUGGCCUGAUCUUGCUAUUUACACUCCAGGUUCAAGUUUCCAAUAGGCAGAAUACAAAGGAGAAAUUAAUUAUUUUGAUUAAUCCUCCUAGCAAUAUUGCUCUUUUUUUUAAAAAAAAAAAAAAUCUGGGUGUCUUUUUGUGUGGCUUUUGCUUGAAUGGGUUCACAUAUAAAGAAGAAAAAAAAAAGACAAGAAUUAGCAAUGUUUAUUUUUUGUGGGUUUUGUUUAUAUCAUAACCAUUAUUAUCUUAUCUUGAUUAGUGGUAAUGCAGGGAUGUGAUAUUCUUCUGGCUUGCC